GCCCAGGUGAUUAAUAGUCCCAGGUGCUGCAUGCCUAGGUGUCCAAGCCUGUCGUCAUGUCCCGCUAGGUCUGCGAGUCUGCAUAGCCCGUAUAUCUCCUAUCUUCGUCUCUACACCAAGGAAGGUACUUCUAUGUUGGCUUGGCAUCUGUGGCUGCUUGGCCAGUUGAGAUGGCAGAGAGGCAACAUCUCGGGCAAACGUAUCGGAUCCCACACAUGAUUGCCACUGUCAGGCUUGAGUGGCCCGUGUGGGAGACCGCAACCCGGUCAUAUCUGGUGGACGGACCACAGUCCGGCCCGGCUGUCCGACACCCGGAGCCCAACGCCGGCUUAUCAUGGCCCGACCUGUCGAGCCAGCCAGUCCGGGACCGGCGAACAAGUGGGCCCGCCCCACCGACGACGGAGCACCGGUCUGAGUUUUGCGCCCUACGAGCCCUGAUGGGGCGAGAGUGGACUUUUUCUGAGUCGCUAUGGCAGCACUCUUAAGCAUCGCACGGUGCCUUGUGUCUGGCGUCGUCGUGAGCAUGAGAGCUGGUCAGAAAUCUGAAGCGGCUUGACUUCGUCAACAUAACCUGCAUGCAGCCUGUCUCCCAUGAUGGCUCCGUCAACUGUGUUCCAUGACCAAGAUGAGAAGCACAGGGGUCCAUCCGUCCCCAAUGCAGGCGCCCGGAAAGACCACCACCCGGUUUUGUUGCCCUCGGGCUACGAUGACCACGACGUGACAACGCAAGGGUCUCACGACGACGACGACGACGACGACGAUGGAGGGUCGACCGCGCCUCCAUCAGUGAUGAGGAGGCAGAGGACCGCUCGUGCGUCGGAGGAUCUGAGAAGGACGGCAAGCAAUGUUCUUUCUACCAUUGCCUCUCGCAUCACCACUCGAGGAUGGCCGGAGCCACCACCUCCUCCUGACGGUGGUGCGAAGGCCUGGACCCAGGUGGCUUGUGUACGUCUUACUGUCAAACCAUCUAUACCUAGGAACUCAAGAUAUCGAGGCAGCUGUGAAUUGAAGACAAAUGUGCCUGAUUUGCUGCACCAGAUCGCCAUCUUCGUGACCUGGGGUUACCUGAACUCCUUCGGCAGCUUUCAAACGUAUUACGAGCAGACAAUGCCCAACACACCACCCUCGACAAUCUCUUGGAUCGGGUCCCUUCAGAUCUGGCUGACCAUGGUGACGGGCAUAUUUACUGGUCGGCUUCUUGAUGCUGGCUUCUUCGUGCCCACCUUCUUCGUCGGGGCUUCCUUGCAAGUCCUGGGCAUGUUUCUGAUGAGCGUUUCCAAGACGUAUUGGCAACUCCUGCUGACUCAGGGCAUUCUUACCGGCCUGGGUGGCGGCAUCUUCUUCACGCCCUCGCUCGCUCUCGUGACCACUUACUUCGACAAGAAACGAGGCCUGGCGAUGGGGCUCGUCACCACGGGCAAUUCUGUCGGUGGCAUUGUUUAUCCUCUCGUGGUAAGACAGUUGAUCCCCAAGUUGGGCUUCGCUUGGACCUCACGAGUCUUGGGCUUCCUCAACCUUACUGCGUUGGGCCUUUGCGUUGGCUUCAUGAGGCCACGCCUGCCUCCGCGCAAAUCGGGCCCCAUCAUCGACUGGGCCGCCUUCCGCGAGCCCGUUUUCGACACUUUCAUCGCAGGCUGGUGGCUCAUAAUGUGGGCCAAUUACUACACCUUCUACUAUAUCGCCUCGUUCGCCGUCGAGGACCUCGGAAUGUCCUACUCGGCUGCCUCGAUCCUCGUCAUGAUUCUCAACGGUGCCGGUCUCCCCUUCCGCAUCAUCGUGCCAUUGUUCUCUGAUCGUCUUGGUCCGAUGAACGUUCUGCUUCCAGUCACGCUCACGUGGGUGAUAGUGGCAUUCUCCUGGUUGGCUGUGAAAAACAUCGGCGGCUACUACGCUUUCACAGCCGUUUACGGUGCGACGUCAGGUGCUUUUCAGUGUCUGUUACCGACCACUAUCGCGAGCAUCACUGACCGGCUGGAUAAAGUCGGAACGAGGAUGGGCAUGAGUUUUGCAAUCAUAAGUAUUGCAUCCAUGACAGGACCGCCCGUGGGAGGAGCCUUACAGACCACUGGUCCCCACCAAUUCCUAGGGCCGCAGUUGUGGGCGGCCUGCUCUGUGUUGGUUGGGUUCGUUCUCAUUCUCGCUGCCAGGUGGGCAAGGGCUGGCUUAAGCUUCCGGACAAAGUGUUAG